GGAGACUCACCGGUAAUCACCAAAUUUUCGGUGGAGCAGCGGAUCGAGUCAGUCGUCAUACAUGCAUAUCCAUGAUAAUGACACUGUACGACCCAGUUCUGAUAUUUGAGAAUCAAUCCCUCUCACGUUUCUACAAUUUCGACGAAGCAGUUUCCAAGAGACAAAGAAGAGAUAUCAACAUGUCUGCCGAUUCAAUCACCUCUACCCGAAGCGGGACCCCUCCCAUCCUCAAAUGCCCAUUCGAGAUUAGGCUAAUGAUCUACCGAAUCCUCAUUCCUUCAAUUGACCCUUCGGCAGACUUCGACUGGACAUCCGCCUGGGAUCCAAACCGCCCGAAAUCUCGCUGCGAAGAGCACAAACUCUACUCACCGCCUAUACUUCACACAAACCAAAUGAUCUAUCGAGAAGUCUUGAACGAACUUUACUGUUUCCUACCUUAUCGGACAUCAAUCAGCAACUAUGGCAUUCGAUUCUUAGGCUACACAUUCAUAAAGCCGCCCCCGGCGUUUCAAUACGUACACACCCUGGAUCUCACGAUUCAAAUCAACAGUUACUCUCAUUCAAAGAUUGCCAACAUCUUGAAAUCUUGUGUGGAGACUAGCUGCGCAAACGGACACUUACGUCGAUUACAAAUUGGUCUCUCCUUUAGCUUGCAGUCUUUUCAAUCGAACAGGGGGAAUUCUGGCGAGCUUCGAAAAAUGCUGGAGAAGAAUCUGUAUCCGUUACGGAGGAACCUUCGUCGCCUAAACCAAUUCGUUGUCAGGAGAGUAUCCGAUAGGGACAUUUCAAGUUCCAAUCGAAGUGUCUCGGGUUCGUUCCUGGCACAGAGAGAAGAGUUCAUGGAUACCGUUCAGGGUUUUAUGAAUCAGUUGGCAAGGGAAGUGAUGGAUCGUUGUAAUCCUGCCAAGACAAUUGAGUGCAGUCGCAAGUCGUAUGCUUUGCUUCAGAGAUGAAGGGGAUGAUGUGGCCUAUUUCGAUAAAAUUUCGUCAUGUUCGCUUAGUAUGGCAAACUUCUAUCCGUACUGGAUGGUUCAACCAUCGGACGACUGUGAAGGAUGAGAACUCUGGGACCUCAAAUGUUGGUUUCUUCUCUGCAUCUCUACACAUACUAUAUUUCGGAUCCAUCCUACAAAGUGCAUUCCGAUGAAUGCCAACGCACGUCAUGCCCGAAAGAUACAAUCGGUCUGUUCAAUGUAGCGUUCUUCCAGACAUCGAAAGCUAUCGUAUCUCAACCCACCUCUGAGAUAAGCAUUCAAUGCUACGCGUAUGCCUCGACUUGGUGAUAAGGGACGUCUCAUCUAGAAUCUCAUAGAUGCGAGUAAAACGAAAUUUCAUACGCAAUUCAAUUUUUGAAGAAUUAUCUUGAUCUGUUUCGAAAUGGUCCGAGAGCGGGUGAAGGGUUUCGAGUUAAGAUAGUUAAAGGACCAUGGACGAAGCGUGCGGGGUGGGCUAUAUAGUCGAAUUGAGUUUGAAACAAAUUUUCUUCCGGAGAGCUUAUCAUAUAGAAUAGAUAGAAAUUUUCAAUAGAUUGUCUUGUAUUUCUGUGUUAGUUAUAUUCUUAACUUUUUGCAAGCUUUGCAAUAUUAAAUUUCAUUUUCCA